AUGAGCUGUCCACGAUUACCAGCCCUCCUCGUUUACAUGCUGUUUAUUUCCUCUGUUUGCUGUUCAGUGGCAUUAAUGUUUUACACCUAUUUCUUGAUUCAACCUCCACGAGUCAGAAAUCCCAGUUUACUACCUCAGAUAGGCUGCACCCCUGACAAAUAUCAAGAAGCGAACCAUGAGGAACAACAAGAGAUAUCAAACAUCAAUCCAAUUCCUUUGAUUGACUUCAAAGAUUUGGGGAGCAAAAAGGAAAAAGUAAUGCUGUUGAUUAUUGUCAGCACUGCACCCCAAAGAAUGGAUAGACGACAGGCGAUACGAGACACAUGGUGGAAACACUGUGAUGGGAGUAUGGUAAGGAGACAAGAGCUUACGAACGCAGACGUAUUUCCGGGCCUGUGGAGAGAAGCAAUGGGGCCAUUUAUUCGAGGAAAAGUAAGAUGCAUCUUUCAUUAGACGUGUCCUAUCCCGUAUAAACGGCACAUUAAGAGGCGACUUAGCAAAGACGCGUCUUAUCGAAGAACAGGUGUUAGGGGCUGCUCUUAGAUAAAACGCACCUUAGCUAAAUUUCCAAGGAAAUGUGCCGUUUAUACGGGAUAGUUUGAGUCUUAUUUAGGAAGCGUCCUAUGAACGACGCGUCUUAUUUUUCCUUGUUUAAACGGCCCUCAUGACCAGAAAUACGUCUGCUGAAAUGGGGAAGGGAAAAUAAACAACCGUAUUCAAGUUCAGAAAGAGAAAGAAACUUUAGCCGUCGCUUGUUUACGUUCUAAACGUGAAAUAAGCCAUUUUCCCGUCGUAGUCGAGCAGUGACGGCGAAGAAAUUUAUAAAAGAGCGUGAUGCAUGUGCAGAGAUGUUGUUUUGCCUGUUCAACUUAUUGCGGCUUUUUUGACGUUCUUCUCGUUGUAGUCGCCGUCGUUGCAUCUUAAACGCCUAACUCUCUCAGCAGGGCCAUCCCUAAUGCAGUGGGUUUUGUUUCUUCUAUCAGGUCAAGUGCGUCUUUGUCACCGAUGGCUUUAUUGCAAACCAUGCUCAACGCAGGUUAGCAAUCCAAGAAAGAAAUAUUCACAAGGAUAUGGAAUUACAGCCACUUCAAGGAGGACGCGAGUUUGGGUUUCGUUUCCUCAACCAAAUCAAAUGGGCCAUGGCUACAUUUCACUUCCGGUAUCUCCUUAGAAUCGACGAUGACUACUUCCUGUGUUUAAAGAAACUUCUCGCCGAGCUUCCAAUGAGACCAAAAAAAAACUUGGUUUGGGGAUUUUUCCACUGCCAAAGAAGAGGCAAAAUGACCUGGAUAGACGAGGCGUUCAUGAUUUUUACUCGGGAUAUCAUUCAAACGUUUUUGGCGCAAAACGAAAGUUCAAUGCUCUGCCACCCGCACGCUGAUCAACAGAUCGGCCUGUGGUUGAAUCAAAUCACAAGAAAAAUAUUUUUCCACGACAAGAGACUUUACCACGACCCUCCAGCUUCGUUUUCGCCCAAGUUUCAAAACAUCACAAAUGUCUGUGAUUCGUACUUAGGAGUACACGGCACUUACGUGGAUAAGAUGAGAUACUUUGGGCGCAACGCUAACGACAGUGCAAAAAAAUCCCAUUCUAUACCGAAGUUUUCUAGCUUUUGUCCUACUACGAAAUUUGACUAUCGUUUUAUGCAUCGGAUAUUUCGUUUUGAGCCUAAACUUUGUAAAGACAAUCCCACGUGGAAUGUGGAGAGAACAAUGUUUGUUGGUCGUGAGCGACAGUACGCAUUGCGGGCUAGUGGCCACACUAGGGAAGUGACAAAUGGCCGCUGA